AGAAAGGGGAUUUUUUAAAUAAAAAAUUCGAAGAUCUGGCGAUUUUAAUUGUUGGUAACGGAAAACAAUGAUUUCAUCAUUGCAUGGAACAAAGUUAUAUUUAAAAGAAGCCAAUAAUUUCAACAGAGCGCAAUGUUACAUGCACCGCCAUCUGCAAUUGCAUCAGGAACGCCAAAAAAGUAGUGACUGUCCUGUCUUGAAUCGUUGAGACCCUGGUUUGACAGUUAUAAAUAAUAGUGAGAAGCUCCACUAUUUGAAAAUCCAGGAGACCGUCUAGGAGAAGUUAAUGGCUGCCGAACGUCGUUAUCGACGUGCACUGUAACUCUCUCAUUGCGACUUUUGUAGAAAGACAUUUUUUUUUUCAAAUUGAGAUACCGGUGUGUGAACGUUAAUGAAAGACAGACUGGAGGGCGUGAAAAAACAGCACUUCGUUAUCGUCAACAGGCAUCACUAGAGACGCAUAAUGGAAGAAGAGACUGAGUUCACUAAAUUGCCACUCGAGGACCGGGUGGUCCAUAAGUCAUGGAAGGCUCGAGUGCACGGUUACGAGGAAUGCACCAAGAAAUUCGGUUGCAUCGACGACGAAAAGUCCCCCGAAUGGAAUAAAUUCCUCGGUUUGAUAAAAAAAUUCGUAGUGGACAGCAAUGCAGCUGCCCAGGAGAAGGGUAUGGAGGCUGCUUUGGUAUACGUAGAGAACGCAGCAUGUGCAGGCAAAGCUGUGGGUGAAGUGAUGUCAGGAAUCGUAAACAAGUGCAUAGCAGCCCCCAAAGCGAAGACAAGAGAUCUUGCAGUUCAGUUGAGUCUGAUGUUUAUGGAGAUUGAGAAGCACGAGACUGUCCAAGAGGAGUUACUGAAAGGAACCGAGGCAAAGUAUCCAAAAAUCGUAGCAGCAUGUAUAAACACACUGACCCUGAGUCUGCGAGAAUUCGGCCCCAAAGUCAUCAAUGUAAAGCCCCUGGUGAAGAAGAUUGCAGGCUUCUUGGAGGACCGUGACAAAGCAGUCCGUGAAGAAGGGAAAACCCUCGUCAUAGAGAUCUACCGAUGGAUCGGAGCUCCAAUAAAGCAACAAUUGAAUUCCCUGAAGCCAGUGCAACUCACAGAACUCGAGGCAGAAUUCUCAAAACUGGGGGAUGACAAAGCUCAACCAAAUCGUUAUCUGAGGUCUCAAAAACCCAAAGAAAUAUGUGUCUCAGAGACAGGGGGAGGUGAUGGUGAAGGCGAAGAGAAUGAAGAGGACGAGGAGGACGGAGGUGGUGGCAAUGACAUCGAUCCCUACGAUCUCCUUGAUCCAGUCGACAUUCUCUCAAAACUCCCCAAAGACUUCUACGAGAAACUGGAAGCUAAAAAAUGGCAGGAGCGUAAAGAAGCGCUCGAGGCCCUGGAGGCACUCCUGAAAAGUCCAAAACUAGAGAGUGGAGACUAUGGAGAGCUCGUUCGAGUUCUGAAGAAGAUUGUCAGCAAGGAUUCCAACGUGGUAGUGGUGACCCUAGCUGGAAAGGGACUUGCAGGCCUUGCCUCAGGAUUGAAAAAAAAAUUCCAACCGUAUGCAUGCGCCUGUCUACCUGCACUUCUAGAAAAAUUUAAAGAGAAAAAACCGACAGUCGUUGCCGUCCUCCGAGAGGCUGUUGACGCUAUUUUCCUCAGUAUCACCAUCGAGGCAAUUCUCGAGGAUUCCAUAGCAGCACUGGAGAACAAGAAUCCAGCUGUCAAAGCCGAGACAUCUGCCUUCCUGGCCAGGUGUUUUUCAAGAACUCCUCCACCCAGUUUAACAAAAAAACUCUUGAAAGCCUAUAGUGGUGCCCUUCUUAAGACCCUCAACGAGUCAGAUCCAACAGUUCGUGACAAUUCAGCCGAAGCUUUAGGCACAAUUCUCAAACUCGUCGGCGAGAAGGCAAUGACGCCUUUCCUCGGUGAUAUAGAUAAUCUCAAGAUGGCGAAAAUUAAGGAGUGCGCGGAGAAGGCUGUGAUAGUCGUAAAGAUUUCGGGACCGAAGAAGUCAGAGCGUCCGACGACAGCUCCAGCUAAAAUCGAGUCAUCUUCCUCAGGGGCUGCAUCCAAGGCAAAACGAGCCAACACAACAACCACCAAAAAAUCAGCCCCCGGAGUGAAGAAACCGGCUGGGCCUGGGGGAGCUGCUAAUGGGAAGAAACCAGCAGCGUCUAAAAUACUCCAGCAGGAGAAGGAUUUACCAAGCGAACUAGUCGAUGAAAUUGCAGCAGAGACACUACCCCCUGAGAUACUUUCAGGGCUGGUCGAUGCCAAUUGGAAAACUCGAUUGCAAGCUGUUGAGCAGUUGUCAGAUUUUAUCAAACAAAAGGAGCCCGUGGAAAUUCCCACCCAAGUCAUCGUGAGGACCCUAGGGAAGAAGCCAGGUUUCAAGGACACGAAUUUCCAAGUGCUGAAGCAACGAUUAGAAGUUGUGAAAAUUUUAGCUGAGGGCUACACCUUCUCAGUCACCACCUCCGGCUACUGCAUUAUGGACAUCACUGAAAAAUUGGGGGACGCGAAAAACAAUUCGGUGGCUGCUGACGCCCUUUCAGCCAUCGCUGAGGCCACUAGCUUCGAGCACGUGGCCAAUGAGGCCAUCGGCUUCGCCUUCAAUCAGAAAAAUCCCAAGGUCCAGCAGGAGACCCUCCUCUGGCUUUCCAAUGGUCUCCUCGAGUUCGGUUGCACAGCUAAUGUCAAAGUCAUGAUGGACAGUAUUAAAAAGGGAGUAACUGCUACAAAUCCCAGUGUACGUACGUCAGCGAUUACCCUGGUGGGGACGUUGCAUUUGUUCAUGGGGAAAAGUGUCCUGAUGUUCUUCGAGAGUGAGAAAUCAGCGUUGAAGCAGCAAAUAGAGCAGGAGUGUGAAAAGAGGAGUGGUGAGGUGCCACCAGCACCCACACGAGGACCUAAAUCAAAAGUCAAAUCAAAAGCAGCCAAUGGAAAAGCUGUCAAUGAUGUCGAGGAUGAUGAUAACUACGGUGAUGACAAUGGCCCCUCAGACCUGAAUGAUUUGCUUCCUCGAGUCGAUAUCUCCAGUCAGAUCACUGAGGCACUCAUUGCAGAAUUGGGAGACAAAAACUGGAAGGUGAGGAAUGAAGGGCUGAUGAAAGUCAGCAGCAUCCUGAAUGACGCUAAAUUCAUAAAGGGAUCGAUCGGGGAAUUGCCGAGGGCCUUGGCGCCUCGAUUGACUGACAGCAACACCAAGAUCGCUCAGGCUGUCCUCGGGAUCUGUGAGAAAUUGGCGAUCGCCAUGGGAUCGCCAGUUAAACAACACAUUCGUGCACUCUUUCCAGGAUUCAUUCAGUGCCUCGGAGACUCCAAGAACUGGAUUCGAACAGCUGCCAUUACCUGCAUCAACACCUGGGGGGACCAGUGUGGAUACAAAGAAUUUUUCGAUGGGGAAAUCAUUGGGGAUGCUCUGAAGGCAGGAUCCCCUGCCCUCAGAGCUGAACUGUGGAAUUGGCUUGCUCAGAAGCUCCCACUCAUUCCAGUUAAGCAGAUAUCGAAGGAAGAACUCAUGGCGUGCUUACCACAUCUCUACUCUAAUCUCGAGGAUCGUAACUCAGACGUGAGAAAAAAUGCCCAGGAGGCAGUUCUUGGGUUUAUGAUCCAUUUGUCGUACGACGGAAUGGUCAGACAGACUGAGAAGCUCAAACCCAGCUCCAAGAGUGGGGUAAUUGCGAGCUUGGACAAGGCGAGGCCAAACCUGCCGAUGAAGCCGUUGCCCUCGAAGAAGGCCCCUGAAGAGUCACAAAAGACUGUCAAGAGUGGUGGAGCUAUGAAAGCCGCUGGGAAAACAAUAGUUAAACCCAAGUCUGGAAAUGCUUCAAAGCAGAACAGUGCGAGAAAGAAGGAGGAAGAUGUCGACACGAGUCCACUCCUCGCGAUAAAUAAUCUGAAGCACCAGAGAGUCAUCGACGAGCAGAAACUCAAGGUUCUCAAGUGGAACUUCACAACCCCCAGGGAGGAGUUCGUGGAGUUACUCAAGGAGCUGAUGGGCUCUGCUGGAGUCAACAAGUCCCUCAUUGCAAAUAUGUUUCACGCUGACUUCAGGUACCAUCUGAAGGCCAUUGAAACACUGACAGAGGACCUCCAGGAUAACAGCAAAGCCCUGGUGUCGAACCUCGAUUUGAUCCUCAAGUGGCUGACUCUCAGGUUCUUCGAUACGAACACCUCGGUGCUGAUGAAGGGUCUGGAUUAUCUGCAAACUGUUUUCAAUCUUCUCAUUCAAGAUCAGUACCACAUGCUGGAGAAUGAAGCUGCCUCGUUCAUUCCUUACCUCAUCAUCAAGAUUGGGGACCCCAAAGAUGCUGUCAGAAAUGGUGUUCGGGCCCUUUUUAAGCAGAUUGCUCUGGUUUAUCCUGUUAGCAAGCUAUUCUCGUACGUUAUGGAAGGCCUCAAGUCUAAGAAUGCGAGGCAAAGAACUGAGUGUCUUGAUCAGUUGAGCUCGUUGAUCGAGAAUUAUGGGGUGACUAUCUGCCAGCCAUCUCCUUCUGCUGCACUCAGGGAAAUUGCCAAGCAGAUUGCCGAUCGCGAUAAUUCCGUGAGAAAUGCUGCACUCAACUGCAUCGUUCAGGCGUAUUUUCUCGAGGGAGAACGUGUAUACAAACUCAUUGGUCAGAUCUCCGAGAAGGACAUGUCUUUACUUGAGGAAAGGAUUAAACGUGCGGGCAAAAAUCGCCCACUGAAAUCUGCUUCUUCAAACAGAAUUUCCUCGGCUCCCUCUGGAAUUCAUCACGCUGUCGCGGCCCCGACCCCUGCCAAUGCUGGGGGCAACGCUGAUGAGAGUGGACCUGACGAUGAUAUUGAUAAUGAAGACGACGUCCAGGACGAUCUGAUCGAAUCACCUGAAGAGAGGCAUGUAGAACAAAGUACAGAGAUUAGCGUCAGCAAUGAAGAUAGAGUGGAGGAGAGACCCAACUACACUGUUAAAUCACCAAUUUUGGUGAACGAUGGUAAAGUGACGAUUGAUGAGAAUGAUCCAGAGAACCGUGGAACUAUCGAUGUCAAUGCCAAUCGUGACUCUGAGAAGACAUACACCUCUCCAAUAUCCAAGUCGAAGGUGUCCGGCCCCUUCGGCCUGGAUAUGGACUUCUUGAAGAAACUGGAGGAGAAUGCCCCAGCGCGCUGGAAAAUCCCCCAGCUAACUGACCUGAACUGGGAUCCAAACGAGACAGUGAAUACCCUGAAUCACCCUCCUGCAAACGUCAUCCCUAUUACCUCUCCCAGGAUCAUCACAACGCGAUCAUCCCUAGUCUCCCCAGUGAGCACACCAGUGAGCAAAGAAGACAGUCUGGAGCGUAGCAUAAUCGCCAUGACAAACACUGAGUUAUCAGCAGCCAUACUAGCAAUGAACACAAUGGAAGCCAUCAUAAAGUCCCCUCAAGCCUCAAUGAUGCAGUCAAAAGAGGACAAGUUCAUCCACGCCAUCAACAUGCAGCUGAAGAUGCUGCAGACGUACCCCACGGUGGACGAUCCGGAAGUAGCCAAAGGUUUCAGAAUAGCUUUCGUCGUGACCCUGAGCUUCUACGACACAGGAUUCCUCGGUAAAAAUGUCUCCCUCCAGGAGCUCAAAGAGCUGGUCCACCAGAUGCUGAUUUUACUGGCAGAAAACAAAUUAUCUCACUUGAGUCAAGCCGAUGCCUACAUCCGAGUCGUCAACAGUAUUGUCGUCAAAACAAUCGAUCACUCAAAUCACACGACCAUAAUGUGCGUACUGAUAAAACUUCUCCACUCCUGCGCCGAGAGUAAAGUCGCCCCAAAAUAUGAGGAACUCGUGAUGAAGUGUCUCUGGAAGAUCGUUAAGACAAUGCCCAACUGGGUAGGCGAUCUAGAUUACGAUACAAUUCUCCUUGAGGUCCAUCACUUCUUCAAGGACUACCCCUCCUCGUGGUGGAAGAAACGCAGCUCUGACAUGCCCCUCAGGACCAUCAAAACAGUACUCCACAGCAUAACAAAAAUCAAAGGUGCAUCUAUCCUCAAUCAUCUCACCAAGAUCAAUAAUACCCAUGAGUCUGAGCUCAAGAACUAUCUGAAUCGCCUCCUGGAGACUGUUAAGCCCGAUGAUAUCAACUCUGGAACAAGAACCAUCACAAAGCAGAAGCACCUGUCGAAGGUGACACAUGCACAGCUGUCGGAGAUAUUUAAGAAAAUUGGGUCGAAGCAUCAUACUCAGGAGGGACUGGCUCAGCUCUAUGACUUCAAGCUCCAGCACCCUGAGGCUGAUGUCCAGCCAUUUCUCGUCAAGUCCCACCAAUUCUUCCAGGAUUUUAUCGAGCAGGGGCUCAGAGAUAUCGAUCAAGCCAGGAGGAAUCAGAACGUUAAUCUGCAGGGCAAUCAGUAUGAAAGUCCUAUACAUGCACCAGUAAGCAUUACUGAGGAGAGGGCCUCCAUGGAUCCUCUGCAGAGGCUCGAAAAACUCAGGGCCCUCGAGGCUAAGUACCACGCCAAUGCCCCCAGUCAUUCAAACCCAACGUGAAUCCAAACGCAGUUUGUGAUUCAAAGAUUUUAAGGGAUUUAUUUAGGUGAGAUCAUUGCUUUGUACAUAGACAUUCUCACUACUUUGUCUCUCUAUUGUCUGCUCGUUGAACUGAUAUUUAAAUUGAUUGUUCAUUGAUUUUUUAUUGACUCCGAAGAUAGGAUUAUUGUGCCCGUUACUUUAUAUCAUUUGGUUAUUUAUAAUUUUCUUAUUUGCGUUAUCGGGGUUUGACUGUGACGAUUCGGUAAUUUUUUCUAAGAAAUGAGGAAUUGUAUUGAACGAAGAGGUGUCUGUGUACUCGGUGAUUCUCCAGUGAUUUGGAUAAGAUAAUGUAAACGUUAGAUUUGAUUAGUAUGUAUAGUUGACCCUAAAUGAUAUAUUGAUAUUAUUGGAGUAUAAACAGUGUCCCAGUGUUAUAUCACCAAUCAAAUUCAUAUUUAUGCUUAAUUUUAAACUAGAAAUUUUCAAUGGGGUUUCAUUUGAAUGGAGAGAAGGAGGAGAGUGUCCACAUUGUAAGUUUCCUCCUCUUCUUUGUAGUUAUUACAGUAUUUUUUUACAAGCAACUUCAUGUUAGAUUCUUAUGUCGUCUUAGCAAGUUCAGUAAUUGUGGGUUACUUGUUUUUUCAUUAAUCUAUUUCUUUUACGUAAAACAAUGGAACAAAGCUGGACUUGAAUGUUAACGCCGUUGAUAAUAAGUUUAAUUAAUGGUAGAUUAAUUGAUUUGAAUCUUUUGAAUCUCGAGAAUAAAGAGGAAAAACAAUAAUGUAUACUAUUCAAUUUAUUCGACCAAAUAUAUCAACUCUUUCAUGAUUA